AUAGGGGACGAACCCAUUACGCAUGCAGUCCAGAGUGUGAUUAAAGGAAAACUGAUCGACAAGGAGUCAAUGGCGGAGAAAAGCAAGAUUCUGAUCAUCGGAGGCACCGGCUACAUCGGAAAGUAUAUAGUGGAAGCAAGCGCUAAGGCAGGCCAUCCCACCUUCGCUCUCGUGAGGGAAAGCACCGUCUCCGAUCCCAUCAAGGGAAAACUUAUCGACAAUUUCAGAAACUUAGGCGUCAAUUUAGUGCAUGGGGAUCUGUACGACCAUGAGAGUUUGGUGAAGGCCAUCAAGCAGGUGGACGUGGUUAUAUCAACCGUGGGUCAUAUGCAGCUAGCAGAUCAAGUCAAGAUCAUUUCUGCUAUUAAAGAAGCUGGUAACGUUAAGAGAUUUUUCCCUUCAGAAUUCGGCAACGACGUGGAUCGUGUGCACGCGGUGGAGCCAGCAAAGUCUGCGUUUGCGAUCAAGGCCCAAAUCCGACGUGCUGUUGAAGCCGAAGGCAUACCCUAUACUUACGUUUCAAGCAACUGUUUUGCUGGCUAUUUUCUGCCCACAUUGGUACAGCCAGGAGCCACUGCUCCUCCCAGAGACAAAGUCAUUAUCUUGGGCGAUGGCAAUCCCAAAGCCGUUUUCAACAAGGAAGAGGACAUCGGAACCUACACAAUUAGAGCUGUGGAUGACCCUAGGACUUUGAACAAGAUUCUCUACAUCAGGCCUCCUAAGAACACUUAUUCCUUCAAUGAGCUGGUUGCCUCAUGGGAGAAGAAGAUUGGCAAAACCCUCGAAAAGAUUUACGUUCCAGAAGAGAAACUUCUCAAGGACAUCCAAGAAUCGCCUAUUCCUAUCAAUGUGGUUUUGGCAAUUAAUCACUCGGUGUUCGUGAAGGGCGACCACACUAACUUUGAGAUUGAACCUUCCUUUGGUGUUGAGGCUUCGGAGCUGUACCCAGAUGUCAAGUACACCACCGUCGAAGAAUACCUUGACCAAUUCGUCUGAGAAUUCAAACUCAGAAUUGCGUGCUAUGCUCCUCCGGUUGAUUCAAUAAAUCUGUAAUCUGAGUUUCUAGCUUCGGUGUUCGAUGCCACUUUUCUUAUCGUUUUUUUCCUUUAAAACAAACUGCUGUAUAAACUCGUGUGUUGUACCCCAAAUAUCAUAUUUACUCCUAUCAUGAUCUUGAGUUUGUUCAGAAAAGCUUAUGGACAGAGAAAUGAGAAAAGGAAAUUGAGGGGGGGACUGAUUACUGGAACUUGUAUUUUGUUUUAUGAGAAAUGAGAAUUGACUGAUGGACUCGUAA